GGCGGAUGGAUAAAAUGGGGCACCGCCGGCGUCCUGCUCGGCUCUGCGACAGUCACGUGUCCGAAGUCGGAUCCAAGAACAGAGAUCUCCAUGGUGAUCGAAAUCUACUACUAAUGAUAAUAAAAGGACUCUUUAGAAGAUACCAGAGAUGGAAUCCCGUGCACCCUACUGUCGGCACCUUUUGGGGCAUGGGGAUAGGUAUUGGGUGCGGUGUAGGUUGGGGUCCUGGCUUUGGUCCUGAGGUCAUUGGAUAUGUUGGAGCAGGCUGUGGUGCAGGAUUCAGUGUUGGUAUUACACUGGUUGGCAUUGGCAUUGGCCUUCCACAAGAUGGCCUUACCCGAAUCGCAUACAAUGCUUUUACAACAAAAAUUGGUUCUUUGGAUUCUGCAAGAUCUUAUGCACUUACAACCAUGAAGAGUGUUGCUGAGGACAGUUUAAACUACACUGCACCUCAUAUAUCCUUCUUGAGGAAAGAAACAAGUUGGAGGCUCUCAAGGCUUAAGUCAAACAUUUGUGUACAGAGAGCUGGGUUGAAUAAUCUGAACACUACUGUAUCAAAGCAUAUUCAGUCUACUUUGGAAUGUUUAGAAGCUUUCAAAGAUAAUUUCUGGCCACCUGGGAAAGCUACAUAGUCAGGCUUCAAGAUGUUUCAAAUUGUAUCAGCAGCUAAAUUUUAACUUAUUACAAUUGAAGUUGAGAGGUUUGUAAAGGGACUUGUGCUUCUGUCACGAUGUAAUUUACAGGAGCCCGUCUGUAGGUUCUGCCGACAACUUUAGAGCAUUAGAAUUCUAGGCAUAGCAAGUAUUUCCAUGUUUAUUCAUAGGAUGUCAUUUGUUAUACCAAUGCUCCAUCUUCCAAAAAUCUGAAAUGCGGUAAACAUGAAUGUUUAUAUAAGCUUGUUAGGUGAAUUUUUCAUCUCUGAAAAAAAUUUCAAACAAGCUAAACAGUGAUUUUUCUAUGUUUAAGUGUUUCAAACCAUAUCUAACAGGGCACUUCGCUUUCAUAUUGCUAUAACAUAUUUCAUGUUGUUUGUAGAAAAAAAGUUCCUUAGUUUUUUGUUUAAUCUACCCUGUUGCUGAAGGUGUAUUCGCAUCACAAAACUCCCCGAUGAACACUGAUAAAUAAUACUUAUAGUUUCUUGCAGUUUCCUAUUGUAAAUAAUUGCAGAUGUUAAUUUAGUUUAGCAAGUAGAUUAAUGAUCAUUAUGUGAACCAUCAACCACCGAGAUAAUCCUGAGAAAUAGGUUCAUCUUAACUCAGGAACCUCUUUCCAAAGAGCUAAACAAGGCUUUGCAAAUCACCUCAGCUUGCAGUAAUUCCCUUCUGGUGUUGUUAAGUUUCAUCCUUUUUCGGCUAAUGAGCAUUUCUUAACUGUCAGCCUGGCUGUGUCUCCCUUCAGUCUUCAUCUGCUGUGUAGGAGUUGCAGGGGCUGGCUGUGUCAUCAGAUAUUACAGUAAGUGUAGCAGGGGCUGCUUGCUGCUGUCUUUCAGGCUUCUUCCAUGGAACAAGCUGAAUGCAAAUGGGCUUUGAAAGGGAUAAGGGAGACUGCUAAAGGUCUCCAAUAUCAACUGAAGUGAAGGGGAUUCCUCUACAAUUAUGUACUGCUCAAGAUCUACAGCCAUUGACAAACAUGAUUGGAGAGGAGCUUUCUUAUAAAUGGUGAACAUGCAACAAUACUUCACAGAAACAUAAAAGAAGACCCUGUACCCAUAAGAUGUGUAAGCAUGCAGAGAUUCCAUCACACUUUUAUCACCUUGGCUCAAAAGUAUAGGAAGAAGCAAAACUGCACAGAUCCUUCUGUCCAUUGGAUCACACAAAUAGGUUUGUUUUACUCUUGGAGGUGUCAGCUGCGGAAUCUUCGAGACCAGGGUUGACUAAAGGUUAGUUACCAAGAAAGUUCUGCAGCAGCUACCACUGGUGUCUUUUCAUUCUUUUGGAGGUGAACACUAUAACAAUUGCAGCUUGACUAUGCUAAUUUAAGGCCACAAGUUCCCAGGUGCCAGCCACAGAACCAGUUAAGAGAGAUCAUUGAUUACGAUCUACUAGGUUUGGAACACAUCUAUCCAUGUGAUGAGCAGGCAUGCAAUCUUGUCUUAUUCACCAGACUUUUAUUGGUGCAUGGUCUCUGUUUCAUAUUCCAAUUAACUAUGAGUGCUGUUUAGGUCAGGUUUGCUACCAUGGAUAACACGAUAUACAUGUUGAAGAAAAGGAGUACACUUUGUUUCAA